AUGCCUGGGGUGAUGGUGGGGGCAGUGGGAUAUCCUGGUUGCUGCGGUGGUCUCCAUGGCGGAAGCCUCGCCCCUCUCCAGCUCCUCCCCCUUCCUCCGCGCCACCGAGUUCUCCUUCGACGCCUCCGUUGUCCGGCGGACGCUGGAGGAGGACGAGCAGCCUUCGUCCCCGCUGACCCGCUACCAGCCCCUGACCAACAGGAGGCCGAUAACGUGGGCAGCCCACGGCACCGCCUGAGAUCCCCGCUGCACGCCUCCCUGCAGGCCUCGCCCCUCUCCAGCUCCUCCCCCUUCCUCCGCGCCACCGAGUUCUCCUUCGACGCCUCCGUUGUCCGGCGGACGCUGGAGGAGGACGAGCAGCCUUCGUCCCCGCUGACCCGCUACCAGCCCCUGACCAACGCGUCCUCCCAGGAGGCCUUGGGAUGCACCCCCACCAGCUCGCCCCCCAAGUCCUGCCACAGCUCGGACAGCUCGCCCAUCUACACCCGGAGGGACCGCCGGGCGGAGCGGCACAGCGAAGAUGACGCCAGCCCGCCAGAGCCUGCCAGCCCCACCAUCGGGCUGGACAAGAAGACCCGCAGGAAGUUCCUGGAUUUGGGGUGAGUCCCACGAACGUGGC